AUGGUGACCAAAGUUCUCUGUGUGGCGGAAAAGCCUUCAAUCGCCAAAGCUGUCGCUGGUCAUCUCUCCGGCGGUUCACAUCGAGUUUCCAACACACGUACGCCAUGGCUCAAAAACUACAACUUCUCAUACAACUUUCCCAACUGGGGCGCCUGCGAUGUAAUCAUGACGAGUGUAGCCGGCCAUCUACAAAGUACGGAUUUCGUGUCUGAUUUCAAAGGCUGGAAGUCUUGUGAUCCGGAGCGCCUUNUUGACGCUCCCUUGGUGACUUACGUCGAAGAUGACAAANAAGGCAUUGCUGCGAAUAUCGAGACACAGGCUCGCAACGUACAGAUUCUCUUCAUCUGGACCGAUUGCGAUAGAGAAGGCGAACACAUCGGCAGCGAAAUCAGAGAAGUUGCUCUUAGCGCCAACCCUCGCCUUAGACAGCCUGGAAAGAUUGUUCGAGCCAGGUUCUCCAACAUUGAAAGAGCCCAUAUCAUACAGGCCGCUCGCAAUCCCAUCGCCCUCGAUGAAAACUCGGCCAAUGCUGUCGCUGCCAGAAUCGAGCUCGAUCUUCGUAUUGGUGCCAGUUUCACGCGCUGGCAAACGCUGGAAAUUGCCGAGUACCUCAGAUCUCGCGGUGUCUUUUCUCAUGAUGAANAANAAAUUCUUAGCUAUGGCGGCUGUCAAUUUCCUACCCUCGGUUUCGUUGUCGACAGGUAUUUCAUGGUCAAGAAUUUUAUUCCCGAGCCCUAUUGGGCAAUAAAAGUUACCCACAUCAAGGACGACAUCACCGUCAACUUCAGAUGGGCUCGUAUCAAUCUCUUCGAUCGAAUGGCUGUGAUCAUAUUGUUCGAAAGAUGUCUGACUGCCAGACAUGCCAAAGUCAUCAAAGUUCAGACCAAGCCUGCCAGCAAAUGGAAGCCAUUGCCACUUACGACGGUUGAGCUGCAGAAGAUGGGUAGCAGAUUUCUGCGCAUGGACAGUCAAAGAGUCAUGAGAGUUGCAGAGGAUCUUUACAACAGAGGCUUUAUCAGUUACCCCAGAACCGAGACGGACCAAUUCGACAAAGGAAUGGACCUCAGAGCAUUGGUCCAGAAGCAAACACAAUCACAAACCUGGGGCCCGUUCGCUCAGAAACAAGGCCGCAACAACGACAAGGCUCAUCCGCCAAUUCACCCGGUUAACUUUGUCACACCGAAUGCUCUGAGCAACCAAGACGAGCGCAAAGUGUAUGAGUUUGUGGUCAGGAGGUUCCUUGCCUGCUGUAGUGAAGACGCCAAAGGCUCACGCGAUGAGGUUGGGAUCUCGUAUGGAUCCGAGUUCUUCAAUGCCUCUGGAUUGUCAGUACUCGCGAGGAACUACCUAGACGUUUACCCCUACGACAAGUGGACUAGCACGCAACAACUUCCACAAUUUCAGGUUGGAGAAACAUUCGAGCCGACCGAGGCCAGGAUGACUGAGGGCAAGACAAGCCCACCCGGGUUCCUGACCGAGCCCGAUCUCAUUGCACUUAUGGAUGCGAAUGGCAUUGGUACUGACGCCACUAUGGCCGAGCACAUUGCCAGAGUCAAAGAACGCGAGUAUGUCAUGACACGGCCUCGGGCUCAGAGAGCUCCCACGGAAGGUGAGGACGGAAGGGAAGAAGGUGAAGCACCACCCGUCCAGGAAGACGCUGAUGAUGAUGGUGGAGGCCGAGGCGGAGGUAGAGGACGUGGCCGAGGCAGGGGAAGAGGUGGCCGAGGCGGCCGAGGUGGUGGUGCAGGUGGGCGUGGUGGAGGCCAGCAAGGUGGUGUGCAGGAGUUCAUUCCGACGACUUUGGGUGUGGCUCUCGUGAAGGGCUACGAGGACAUGGGCUUCGAGAUGAACUUGAGCAAGCCCUUUCUCAGAAAAGAGGUAAGUCUACAUGAGUCAGCUAUUGGGUCGUCAUGGCUAACACUCCCGACAGNNAUGGAGAACAAGAUGAGAGCGAUUUGCGCAGGCACUACAACAAGAGGCGAUGUCGUGCACGAGAGCUUGGACAUGUAUAGAGAUGUCUAUAUCAGGACCAGGCGGGGCGUCAACAUCUUGAAAGCAUCGGUUGACAGAUAUGUGCCGGGUGCAAGAGGCAAUAGGUGA